CAGUCUUUGGCAAGUGCUCUACAGGUCAAACCAGUUCUGUGAAAAACACCUUUUUUGCUUUGAACCUGCCUCCUUUCCAACUUCUGUUUUUGGGGGUUUUGGUUUGGGGUUUGUUUGAUUGUUGCCAGGCACUGAGCUGAUAUUCUCAUGGAACUGUCUUAUCAGCCCCAAGGUCUCAGGCCUAGGCAGCAAUGGUUAAGUUGGAGCCUGUCAGUCUACACGUGAAGCUGGGACUACUUUAGCCUGUAUGUAUCACUUUACAUUCAUCUGCAGUGAAUGUCAUGUGCCAUUUUCUUGCUCACUCACUCCGUACUGUAAGGUCUGUCUGCAUUUAUUCACAGUUGGCCUUCAUCCUCACUGCCUUGAAUAAUUUCAUACAAUCAGGAAGCUUUGUCACAUUGCUGUUUGGCUUCUUUUUUAGGUCACUUAUCAAACCUUGAGUUACAUCUACAGGUCAGAGCACAGACACACUUUGUGGAACUCUAGUGGUUGCCUCCCACUGUUAAGAGGAUCACCAUUGACUCCUACCCACGUCAGGGACCUUCCCUUAUGCCAUGGUUGCUUCGUUUCCCUGGAAGCCCUACAACUUUGUCAAAACCUUUUGGAAAUUCAUGUAGAGUGUACCCCUUAGAUCAUUCUUCUCUACAGAUUUGUCACCCCCUUCAAAUGACUCCAGCAGCUCUGUGAGGUAGGAUCUCCUUUUACAGAAGCCAUAGUGACUCUUCUGAAAUCAAUGGUAUAUAUUCAGGUGCCCACUAAUUCAGCCCUUGGUUACACAUGUGCCUGAUCUGCAUGGGACACAUGACAGGCUUAAAGGCCUAUAGAUCCUUGCACGCAGCUUAACUACAGACUGCUGCCUGUGUGGCCCACUAUUGCUGUAGUAUCUGGAAACUCUGCUUUUGGACUAGGAUCACUUUGUGCAAGAUGCAAUUAAAUUAUAAAACAAAAAGGUGGUCUCUGUCCCCACAGGCUAUCAUAUGAAAUGGGUGGGUAGGGUCAGUGGAAAUGCAACAGCAAUCAGAUACAGCUGAAGGGAAGGGUGCGGCAUGUUCCCUCCACUAUUUUCAAGACACAUCCUGUAAGGAUCAUUCAAGUCCAAGCUCCUUUGUACUCUGGAGGCUGUUCAGAAUUCAAACUUGAAUCUGUGUUUCUCUGUAAUAGUUUGUAAUAAUCUGAUACAAAACACCAGUGCUGGAAUGCUUCAAAAUUCUAAGCAAGUUGGUCAGGUCGUACCCUUGUUUCUUGGCAACAACUCCCUCUCCUAAACCCUCAGAGAAAUGGUUCUACAAAAAACCUGUAACUGGCUUCUGACAGGAUUUGUUGUUGUCUUGUGCUCAGUGGCAUUGUGGUGGGAACAUCCAUCUCCCAGUACCUGCUGGAGAAGUCUCGUGUGGUAUUUCAGGCCCAUGGUGAGAGGAACUACCAUGUGUUUUAUGAGCUGCUGGCUGGGCUGCCUAUGCAGCAGAAAGAGGAGAUGUACUUGCAAGAGGCAGAGUCUUACUUUUACCUGAAUCAGGGCAGAGCAUGUGACAUCCUGGGGAAGGAGGACGGUCAGGACUUUCUGGUCUUGGUGCAAGCUCUGAAGGGAAUCAACCUCUCGGAAGAUCAGCUGACCUCCACCUGGGCUGUCCUGGCUGCCAUUCUGCAGCUGGGGAAUAUCUGCUUUACCUCCUACGAGAAAGAAUCCUAUGAACAUGCAGCCAUUGCCGGUGACACUGAGAUUCAGAUUGUGGCCAAUUUGUUGUGUGUCUCAGCAGAUUUCUUGCAAAGUGCUGUCACUCACCGUGUCACUGUGACAUCUUAUGAUCGGAUCUUCACUCCUCUGUCUGUAGAAGGAGCCAUUGAUGCCAGGGACUCCAUUGCCAAGACUCUGUAUUACCUGCUUUUUGAGUGGCUGCUGCUGAGAAUCAAUGAGUGGUUGGCUCCCUGGGAAUCUGACUGUGCUCUGGGCAUUGUGGACAUACAUGGUUUUGAGGAUCUAGGUGUGAACAGCUUAGAGCAACUCUGCAUCAACUUUGCCAAUGAGCAUCUCCAGCGUUUUUUCAGCCAGACUGUCAUUGCCCAAGAAGAGGAGGAAUAUAGCCAAGAGCAGUUAGCUUGGAUUCCUAUUUCCAAGAUGUAUAGUGAGUCAUGCCUAGAUUUCAUUGCUGCAAAACCCCAUGGUAUCUUCCGUAUCCUGGACGACCAGACUUCACUGACUCAGGCCACUGACCACACCUUCCUCCAGAAGUGUCAUUACCAUCAUGGAAACAGCCCUUGGUACACCAAGCCCAAGUUGCCUUUGCCAGUCUUCACUGUGAAGCACUAUGCAGGGCCUGUCACCUAUCAGGUCCACAAGUUUCUUAAUAAAAACCGUGACCAGCUUCAUCCAGAAGUGCUGGAUAUCUUCUCUCAGAGCCACCUCAAGGUGGUGUCUCACAUUUUCCAGAAGGCUAAAGCUUCCUAUAGUCAGCAAAGGGAGCUGGGUGCCAGAAGCAAAGGACCCAAGCCUCAGGCCUCCACACUGGUGGCCAAAUUCCAGCAGUCUUUGCAGGACCUCACAGCCAAGCUGAAAAGGAGCCAUGUCUUCUUCAUUCGGUGCAUCACCCCUAAUCCCAAAAAGCUGUCAAAUAUCUUUGAUGUGGAGUAUGUCACUUGUCAGCUGCGACAUUCUGGGAUACUGGAGGCUAUCCACAUUAGAAAGGAGGGAUACCCAGUCCGUCUUCCAUUCCAGAACUUCCUAGCCAGGUAUGGCUUCCUGGCUGGACAAAGGCACAGCUGCCUGGAGGAGAGGGAAGGCUGCAUGGCAGUGCUGUCUCAUGUGGUGGGGAACCCUUCAGAUCUCUAUCAGAUUGGACUAACAAAGGUCUUUCUGAAAGAGAAAGCCAGGCAGCUUCUGGAGAGACGAUGGAGCCAGAGGCAGAGUUGGGCCAUUGUUACUCUGCAAAGGAAAUUCCGAUGCCUCCUUCGCCGCAGACGCCUCCGUGUCCUCCAGGAGAAAGUCACGAUCAUUCAGGCUCACUUCCGAGGUUAUCAGGCAAGGUCAGGAAUCAAAGGCUAGGGCAAGGUACAGCCUUUUGUCCUUGCCUAGGACAGCAAGAUGGGGAUGUGCCUGGCCUCAUGUUGGCUCCCUGGCCUGCUCUGUGGGGGGAUAUCCUGUUACUGGAAUGGUGGAGGAGGGACUUCCCAGCCUGGUACCCAACACUGAGCAGAGGUUCCAGGGGAAAUACAGCUGCUGUCAAAACUGUUACAGUAACUUGCCUGUGCUAAGGCUGAUACUGUGAUAGCUAGAGUAAAGGAUGUAGGGAAAACAUCUAAGAGAGGACCAGGCUUAACACAGUAAGCCUGUGGACUGGCUGAUUGUA